ACUCCUGUUAACAACGCGAAGAAAAUGGUUCGUCACUUAAUAAUAUUUCAAGUCGCUGUUCUGUUGUUGGCUUGGUCGACAUGCUCAACCGCCGCUGCCAUCGAUUUGGAGGACAAAUUGCAACAAUUAACCGACACGUUUACCCGAUUCAAAGAAGAAAUGGAGGCAAAAGAGAUGAAACUGCAGGCGGAAGUGGCUGAACUAAAGGCAAAAGUGACAGGACUGGAAGCCCAACUGCAACGGCAGGAAUCGAUUGUCACCACACUGCAGAACCCAACGCCGAAAAGCGUGAAUGAAAUUCAAUCAAAGGUUAUCAACGGAAUGCCAUCUUCGUGUGCUGACCUAAGGUUGAAUGGGCACAUGUGGAGCGGACUCUAUUCCAUCAUGGGUAUAAACAUGGUCGAAACAGUCUAUUGCGAUUUCUCCAAAGCACUUGAAGAUCCAGGACUACAGACAUGGAUUGGCUAUACCGAUGUCAAAUCGGUGCCAGUCUACUUUUACGUUCAAAAGGGAACCACUUUCGAUCUAACUAACACUCCGAUCCCGUUCGAACAAGUUGUGAAUAACGUCGGAAACGCCAUGAAUAUAGAGACUGGCAUCUUCACGGCACCCGUCACGGGCACUUACUUCUUCGCCUUGUCUGGAAUGGUCGAUUUCACCUAUCCCGACUCCUCUACAACAAGAAGAGAGAUCGCGAUAGCCCUGUAUGUGAACGGCAACGAAAUCGGUGUGGCUCUGUCUGACGAAGUCGGCACAGUUGAACAAUUCGGAACGUACGACAUGGAAUCGACACUCAAUCUCAAGUCGGGAGAUCAAGUGUGGAUGGCCAUCAAGUACAAAUCGCUAUUUACUUAUAUAUUUGACAAUUUCCAGCACCACAAUCACUUCACCGGUUGGCUUCUACAACAAGAUUUCGAAAACUCUGUUUAG